UAGUUUGUGCAGCUAAUGACAGGUAGAGAUGGCAACUGUGACAGGAGCGGCCGGCGAGGUUGGCGCGUGGCUGGCAGCCUGGCAGGGCGGCGCGGCCAGUCACCUGUCAGCAUGGAAAGUGGGAGGAUGUUCGCCGAGACAGUUCGUGUAGCAAAGGAAUCUCACCCUAAAACAACCACUAAGACAAUUAAAUAUGGAACAGCGGGAUUCAGGACGAAGGCUGAGGAACUGGACUUCGUCAUGUAUCGCAUGGGCAUCCUGGCAGCCAUGCGGUCCAGGGACACCAGAGCGGCCAUUGGGGUCAUGAUCACUGCCUCACACAACCCAGUGCCAGACAAUGGAGUGAAGCUGGUGGACCCUCAGGGAGAGAUGCUUGCCCCUGCCUGGGAAGCACACGCCACCACGCUGGUCAAUGCCACCGAUGACGGGAUUGCUGCAGCACUGGAGGCCAUCACCAGUGCUGCCAAGAUCAACACUGGGAAUGCUGCUCUUGUUAUCGUUGGCAGAGACACAAGGCCGAGCAGCAACAGCCUGCGUGACGCUGUGCUGGCGGGUGUGGCGGCGGCGGGUGGGGAGGUGAGGGACCUUGGCGUUGUCUCUACACCAGUGCUGCACUACAUGGUGACCUGCCACAAUGAUGGCGGAGAGUAUGGUGAGCCAACCAUUGAGGGAUACUACAAGAAAAUUUCUCAGGCUUUUGUUACUCUUCGGUCUGGCGGCGCCUCCAAUGGAAACUAUGAACCUGUGAUUUUGUUUGACGGAGCAAAUGGAGUGGGAGCACUGGCCAUGGAGGAAUUCACGAAGCACCUGCAGGACUCCCUCAAGGUCACCAUGUACAACAAAGGGGAGGGCAUCCUCAACCACUUGUGUGGGGCUGACUAUGUCAAGGUGCAGCAGAAGUGGCCAGAGGGUGUGCCCAAGACCCAGAAUGUGAGAUGUGUGUCGGUGGAUGGAGAUGCAGACCGUGUGAUGUACAGCUUUGUGGACAGCAGUGGCCAGUACUACAUGUUGGACGGGGACAAAAUUGCUACCUUGGUUGCUGGCUACUUGAAGGAGUUGGUAGCAGGAUCUGGGUUGAAGCUUAACCUUGGUCUUGUCCAAACUGCCUAUGCCAAUGGAGCAUCCACCGCCUACAUCACAGAGAAGCUUGGCGUGCCUGUGGCGUGCGUCAAGACUGGUGUCAAGCACCUGCAUCACGCUGCUCAGGACUUUGAUAUUGGUGUUUACUUUGAGGCAAACGGUCACGGUACUGUGAUCUUCUCCAACUCUGCCAGGCAAGCCAUCAAGGAAGCUGCCAAGGCUAAAAAUGCUCAAGCUGAGAAGUUGGCCCAGGUACUUGAUGUCAUAAAUGAGACGGUUGGGGAUGCCAUCUCUGACAUGCUGCUGGUGGAGACGGUGCUUCAUGCUCGUGGCUGGUCAGCACUGGACUGGAAUGCUGCCUACACUGACCUUCCAAACAGACAAAUGAAGGUGAUGGUGGCUGACAGGGCUGUGAUCACCACGACUGAUGCAGAGCGAGUCUGUGUCACACCGGCAGGCUUACAAGACUCCAUCAAUAAAAUCGUUGCCAACUUCCCAAAAGGCAGGUCUUUUGUGCGGCCUUCAGGUACAGAGGAUGUUGUUCGAGUGUAUGCAGAGGCCUCGACUCAAGAGAACACGGACAGUCUAGCAGUGCAGGUUGCAUGUGCGGUUUAUGAGCAGGCUGGUGGUGUGGGAGACAGACCAAAACCUCCUUGUUAAGAACACAACAGUGUCUUGAUGAAAGCUGCAUUGACAAGUGUCCAGCAUUAUUUCUUGAGAUAAGUUUGGAUGCUUUCUUAGAUUCAUUGAAUAUUUCUGUCUUCUGUUUAUCACAGUUGAUUGAAUUUUUCUGCACAGUACAGUAUGACAGCUGGCAUUCUAUGUGAUUGGUCCAUUUACCACUCAUGAAUCAGAAGGCAUUUAAAAGUUAAUUUGAGGCUAUAUUCCAUAUUGAUUGGUACUGGGAUUUGAGAUGCCAUUACUCAAGCUGGUGGUGGAAAUAGCCUUGUUUUGCUUUGGAUUUUAAGUGGAAAGUUUGGGUUUAGAAUGGUAAUUGUCUUCCCUGCAUUAACUGCAAAACUUUAAAAAAAAUUUGGCUUGUCUUUGUCGGUCUAUAAAACAAAAUAUUUUGUUGAAUGAAUGACAUUAAGCUUAUUUAACUUAUUAUACAUUCUGGAUAUGGAAAUAGCACUUGCCCUAGUUUAUCCUAGGUGAUGUUCCUUGGAGGGCAUGCAGUGAAUAUUGGCAGGCAUUUUUAUGGUGAGAUUACUUACUUUGUCAUUACAUUCCUUUAUGUAUAGCAGAAUACAUUGAGUUAUUUCAGAGGUUUUGGAGAGCUGUGUUUGGAUUGAGUGCCUUAAUGGGAGGGUUGACACAACAGCCAGGCAAGGUAAGCUGCUGGGUCAACCUGUUUGUAGUGCUGUCCAUUAGUGAUAAAUGGGAGAUUACCAACAAACACCAGGUAGAUUUUUAAUGCUGUAAAACUUGGUGUUGGUGCUUUUUAUAGGCUAAUGUUAUUAUAUUCUUUAUUUAAAUUGGAAUGAUUUACGUUAAUUCAUUAAUGUGAAAUUUGAGUGCUUUGUGUAUGUAUAUUUAUGUACUGCACUUGUGUAGUUAUUAGUUUUGUUGUUGUAAUGGCUCUAGUUCUAUGCUUGUGAUAUGCAGUUAUUUUUGGUAAUGGUGUCAAAUAUUUACUGAAUGCAAAAUGUUUGAAUUGACUGAAUCUUGGCCUGUGUGCUUGGAAUUUUGUCCAAAGUCAGACUAAUGUUUAAAGCAUCUCAGGCAGGUUAUUCUUCAGUCCUUAAUCAUGAGUUAUGAAAAAUCUGAUUUAUUUUACCAAAGUUGAAUAUAGUUAGUAUGACCGAAAAUAUUGCAGUUGUUGACAAUGCUCCAGUUCUGUUUUUGAUCCUCCUGAUGGCCAGUGGGCUUGGGGAGCUGGUGGAACAGCUGAACUUGUGGAUGUUUGAGAUGCUUCAGCAUAAAAGCUCAAGAGUACUUUGAGAAGGAAUGUCAGUGAUAAAGAGCAUGUACUGUAGUAUAUUCUCUUGUGCUGUGAAGCUCCAUGACAGUUAUGUAAAGAGUAGUGGAUGAGUAGGUUGUUGCAUGAAAGAAGCACAGAAAUUAUUCAUAUAUUUUUCAGCAAUAUUACACAAUUGAGGUUCUUCAGAAUCACAAGGUCACACACACAUCAAUGAGAAAAAAGGAAAAGUAGCAUAACAUCAAAUUUAUUAUGUUGUAGUGAAAAUGCUGCUGACAAUAACAAGUGUAAGGGCAAGGUCUGCAUAGAUGCCAACCUUUGCCACCACUCACCACAGUAGUGUUCACUCCUUCCCUGCACUUGCAAGGUGUUGUAAGUGUGAUCCACACAUCUGACUGGAUGUUCUCAGUACAGGGUAAUGGAACACACUAGGAAGGUGGCUCUUGCUGCUGAUUAGCUUGCAAAGUCCCAUUUUUAAAAGAUUUUAAGUGAUAUAACUGUAGUAUUCCUAUCCCUAUUUGUGAAAGUACUACAUUAUCCAAAAGUUAGUUAGUAUGGUAGUCCAAAAAUGGUUUCAAUAGGAAUGCAACUGCAUGUUUUUAAAGACACUUAGUGCAAGCAAGGCCAAUUAGCAGCUAAAGCAUUGUAUUGCCCCCAUGUUUGCAGGAAGUACUGAGCCAGAGUAAUUUUUAGGAUCCAGAACACAAUAAAUAACGUAAGUAGGGAAAAAUAACGAUUUUUGUAAAAAAGAUGUGUAUAAAAAAAAAUUCAAACUGCACAAUGUUUUCCUGCACUGAAGGUGUACAUUUGUUUGAGAGACUGGGAAAUUUUUCUUGUGUUUUGCCCUGUUCCUUCAUUUUUUGUUGGUAAACUUUUUUUUUUGUACAUUUACCAACUUGUAUGGCAUGGAUUAAUAAUAAUAUUCUGUACAGUAAUGGUAAUUCAAGAAA